CUAAGAUCGAAAGGAAAAAAUGAUGGCAGCACUGAAUCGAUUAGAGGAAGUACGUCAAGCGACAGUCAAUGAAAGUUUAUAGGUUAGUUUCAUUGUUUGGACGUUUUAAUCGCGAGUGGUGAUAUUCAAGUUUUAAAUAAUAAAGAAAAAAAGAAUAACGAGAAAAUGAGUAAUUCAACUAUUUCCGAUCAAUCCCUCAUGGAUAAGUCCAUGCGAAGUGUAUUCGUCGGGAACAUCCCGUACGAAGCUACAGAAGAAAAUUUAAAAGAUAUAUUUAGCGAAGUUGGGCCUGUACUUUCUUUCAAAUUGGUAUUUGAUCGUGAAACUGGGAAACCUAAAGGAUAUGGCUUUUGUGAAUACAAGGAUCAAGAGACUGCGCUUAGUGCUAUGAGAAAUUUAAAUGGGUAUGAAAUUGGCGGAAGAACACUUCGGGUAGACAAUGCAUGUACAGAAAAGAGUCGUAUGGAAAUGCAAAGUCUUUUGCAAGGACAGAAUACUGAAAAUCCAUAUGGCGAGGCAGUUCAAGCUGAUAAGGCUCCAGAGGCUAUAAGUAAAGCUGUUGCUUCCCUUCCACCGGAACAGAUGUUUGAGUUAAUGAAACAAAUGAAGUUAUGUGUGCAAAAUAAUCCUAAUGAGGCACGCCAAAUGUUAUUACAGAAUCCACAACUUGCUUAUGCCUUGUUACAAGCACAGGUAGUAAUGCGAAUAGUGGAUCCUCAUACUGCAGUUAAUAUGUUACAUAAAGCUAAUCCAAUCCCAGGAGUAUUAACACCUUCCGAUAAACCAGUUACUCAUCAGAUUCCUCCACGUAUUGAAGAACCAUGGGCACCACCAAGACCUACACCAGUUUCCAAUCCACCUGCACCGAUUUUUGCUGGUCAAGAUGUAGAUCUUAGAACAUUAGAUAGACAAAUGGAUCCUCGUUUAGCAAGAAUGGAUCAGGAUUUAAGAGGACCACCCCAAACUCAAACAACCCCAGUUACCGCACCACCUAUCAUAUCCGCUACUACUGACCCGAGAGGGCCUACUGCUUUUAAUAUAACAGACAACAGUCUUCCUGUAGAAGGAGUGGAGAGCUUUUGUCGUGAUCCAAGAGCUGACAGGUUUGGUAGAGAUCCAAGGGAUCCACGAGAUCCCCGUAUGCCUAUUGAUCCGAGAAUUACUAAAGCCAAUCCACCUGUACCAGUAGCACCGCCAGUCGUACCAAGACCAGUAGCAGCACCUGCAGUUCCAGCACCGACUGCAGUUUCGACUAGUGUUGUAGGUCCUGCUACUGCUCUUUCAACAUCUGCAAGUUCGGCUACUUCUAGACUCAUGGCUGGUAUGUCUCCAGCGGGAAAUAUACCAAGUGGUGCAUCAGAUCAGGAAAAGGCUGCUUUAAUAAUGCAAGUAUUGCAAUUGUCGGAUGAACAAAUUGCUAUGCUUCCGCCAGAACAAAGACAAAGUAUUUUGGUUCUUAAAGAACAAAUAGCUAAAAGUACACAGCGUUAAUGAUACAAGAUAUAAUAGAUAUCGCUUAA